CGCCAGUAUCGCAGCGGUUAGAGACAAACCGGAGAUGAAGAGGCCGCAUGGGAUCCAGUUGAUAAACCCGACGGUCGGCAUUCCCUUGCCCCAGUAUAUACAAAUAUCCCCGUGUCAGCGUCUUGCACAUGAACUCUUCCGCCGCUCUAACUGUACUAUCUCGAUUCUGGGUGUCGGCAAUGCUAUCUCGACAAGUCUGGUUGCACUCCUGGCUUGUUAGGGGGGCAUAUGUUAUGCUUGGGACUCUGACAACUCCUACGAGUGGAUAGGAUGGGGAAGAAGUCUCUCAAUUGGCCUGAUGGCCUUCCACCGCUCAAUGCUGUCCUGGAGUCUGUGUCCUUGUACUGGUUUACUGACACAUUUCCUCGAUCUAUCAUCAUCGGAAGGUAGCCGAUGUUACUCUAGAGACGUACACGCACUCGAGAACACUCUGAGUAUCUUCAGCAUCCAUUCUCUCUGGCAGGAUGACGGCCGAGUCGUCCGGUGGCAUACAUUCUGGACGCAGCCCACCUUAUGUUUUCGAACCAAUUGCAUCGGCUUCGAAGACGCCCGUAGAUGCGUUUAAAUGGGCGCCUCGGCCACCUAUAUGUUGCCUCUGUCUAACACAAGAUUGUACAGCGACGAUUAUAACCAUCGUAGGUUCACACGAUCCAAGGCAAUAUUGAUGCUAUGCACGGUGACG